AUGGGCAACGCCUUCACAUUGGAUUACGCGCAGUUUUACUUUAGACCAGAGCCAAUUAGUGGCCAACAGCAACAACAACAACAACAACAGCAACCACAGCAGCAGCUAGCGCAACUACAGACGCAGCAGACACAACAACAGCUGCAGCUGCAGCGACAGCAACAGCAGCAAGUGCAGCAGCAAUUGCUCGCCCAACAGCAACAGCAGCUGCAAAUCCAACAACUGCAACAACAACUGCUGCUGCAACGGCUCGAGCGUGAGUUGCAGCAGCAACAGCACCAACAGCAGCUAGCCCAACAGCAGCAGCAAAUCCUCUACCAUCAGCGACAGCACUACGAGCGUCUGAGCACACCUGGACGACAUCGCUGGCUUACGAGCAGCAAUCACUACGGUUACACGCCCUUGCAGCAACACCAGCACCAACAUCACCAUCACCAGCAGCACCAGCAGCAGCAGCAGCAACAGUAUAGCUAUUACUUCAGCCGCGGCAGCAGCAGCUCCAGCGGGCUGGGUCUCGGCUUGGGUGUGGGCUUGGGUUUCGGACUGGGCAGCAGCAAUCUAGCCAGCUGGUACCAUCUGCCGUCCACCUCGGCGCACAUUUACAUUGGCAGUAGCAGCACCGGCGGCGCUCCGUAUCCCUAUCGCCUAGGCUACAGUGGUGGCGGCUAUCCUGCUGCAGCGCUGAUUAACUUCGACGCGUCGCCCACGCCGCUGUUAGCAUCGACGGGCAGUUCACCCGGCUAUCUGCCACCUCUGCCGGAACCGGUGCUGCCACCACCGCCACCAGCUCCGAGCGUAGCCACCGAUUACUACUUCAGCAGCAGCAGCAGCAGCCGACCGCCCGCAAUAGUCGCAGCCGAACCGUUUCAGGAUUACGCAGCGGCGGCGGUAGCAGCGGCGGAAGAGGAGCUGCAAGCUGGCGGCUAUCGCUACAAGGCCACGCCACGCCGGCGCUACGACGCCUACGACAACUACGGCUACCUGCCAGGCCUUGCCAGCACAACAGAGGACGAGGACGAUCUACUUGAGGAGUGCCUGCCGACGGCUUUGCUAUCCACGGACUGCGAGAGUCUCGAGGACGUGCGUUUCCUGCAAUACAAUAGCAAUCACCAUCCGGAGUACGACGACGACGACGACGAAGAGGCACAGCUGGCGCACAUACUCGAUCUUGAUCUGCCCGAUUUUCUGCGCCCUUACAGCAGCAGCAACAUCGGCGGCGGCGGAAGCAGACACAGCCACAAAACGCCGCCUCAAAACGAAUAUCAAACGGAGCACGGCGGCUCAGCCGGAGCAGGCGCAACCGGAGGAGGGACUGGGGCAGGAGGAGCAGGCGGCGGAGGCAGCAGAAGCGAAGGAAGUGCCAAUCAAUCGCAUCGUGAAACGGAACAACAACGCUAUCACCACUACCAGCAGCAGCAGCAACAGCAGCAGCAGCAACACCAACAUCAUCAGCACCAACAUCAUCAGCACCAGCAUCAACAUCAGCACCAACACCAGCAGCAGCAGCAGCAGCAGCAAUCGCAGCAGCAACAGGCCUAUCAGUCCUACCAAUACCCCUCGCACGACAGCUGUGAGGGCUUCAAUCAGUUCGCCAACGCCAACAGCUGCCUGGGCAAUCAGAGAAUGAUGGUUAGCAAGUUGUGGAACAGCUGCUUUCCGGAAUUUACACCGGAUCAUGUUCAUCGGCAUAACUUCUAUCUGUGCCAGUGGCAGCGCAACACUCAGGUGCGUAUUGUGUACCUGUUUUAUCGUUGGAUAACGGCGAUAACCUGUUUGGCGGCAUUGGUCUGCUCGCUGCUGGACAUUGGGCGUACGGAGGAGCACUUCGAGCACCACUAUGCAAAGUGGUGGAUCUACCUGACCCACUGGGGACUGCUGUUUUGCACUGUGCAGGCAUGGCUGGCCGCUUGGAUAGUCACCCAGGGCAUGAUGGUGGAGCGUGAGGACUUUGAGGUUGUGCGCCAGGCGAAGAAGAGUCGCCUGCAUCACCUCUACUGGGUGCUCUACACCUGUGCGACAGUCUAUGCCUUUAUUGUCACCAUGUGCUACUGGCUGCUGGUCCACAAUCCCGACAUCCACAAAAUUGACGCCUUGAACAUCAUGGUGCACGUUCUGAACUCCAUAAUAAUGCUCAUCGAUUUGGCCAUUGUGGGGCAUCCGAUUAAGAUGAGCCACGCCUACUUUACCACAGGCAUUGGGCUGGCGUAUGCCAUUUUUACGGGCAUUUACUUCUUGGCCGGCGGCACAGACAGGAAAAACCAAACUGCCAUUUAUCCGAUGAUGGACUGGACCAAGCCGGGCAAGGCCAUCAUUGUGACGGCGUGUGCCAUCAUUUUCACGUUCUUCGUGCACUUCUGCUGUUAUCUGCUGUACCGUGGACGCGUCUGGCUCUUUACCAAGCUAUGCAUACGUGGACGCCACAAUCGCGAUGGCGAAAUGGGCGAGGGGCUCAAUGAUGACUCCGGCUCACGCAUGGGUGGAGGCGGUGGUUUUGUUGGUGGUGCAGCUACUGUAGUUGGCGGCGGCGGCAGCAGCCAGGACUAUGCCCAUCAGCAGCAGUAUCCCAUUGCGCAUACGGAGCAGCCGCGUGCCAUCUCACAGCAGCCGCCAUCCAGCUACCAGGUGCCUCCACAAUACUCGGGCUACUUGCAGCAGCCGGUUGUGGCCGGCGUCAAUGUGGGCGUGGUCAGCGCAGAUGGAGUCUAUCAGCCAAUUGGCACAGACACGGGACGCACCAGCGGAGGUGGACCCAGUGGAGGCGGUGCCGGUGGCAGCGGAGCCGAUGGCGCUAGCAAGCACAAGAGUUCUGGUUCUGGCUCGGGCUCGGCACUUACACGUACUGUGGCCCAUUUGGAUGCUGCACAGCGGGAGCAGUUCCUCAAUCCCAACAAGAUCGUCGAGUAUAAAAUGUAAAGGCGUUGUACCCGGCACCGGUAUACGUUCCGCUUGUCCAUGAAGUUUCUGGAGAAGCACUGUGCGCAGUGCGAGGCGGCGCGUCAGGCCGUCAACGAGGAGCAGCGCCAUCUGGCGGCAGCCGAUUCGCAUGCGCACAGUGGUUAGUUUAAGAUUUGCUUUUGCAGUUUAAUUUCCAAGCCAGCUGCCCAGCCCCAGGCUCAAUAGGUCUUAGUAUGCUUAGUGUCGCAAUUGGGUUUGUGGUUGCCUGGUUUCGGGCAGUUGGUAUUGUAGCCAGCAUUUGGUAUUCGUAGCUGUAAAGUAGUUUCGUAAUUUUGUAAAAGCUUUGCCAGUUUUUGUAAGUGUGGCCGCUUUGCCAGCUACAGUAGUAAUUCGUUUUGUGCGCAAGCGCCGGCAAGAUUGUCAGCCACAGCGAAAUAAUAUAUUUUAACUAUUGUUGUAUGUAGUUGUCGUAUCCUGAAUAGAGUAUAUAGACAGACUCAUCGAUUUUGAGCAAUUUCAAAUAUUUUCAAUGGACUAAGUUGAACAUUUUUAUGUUACAACCAAUACAAACAAUACACACAAGCACCUUUCAUUUAACUGACAGCAAUUGUGUUCAGAAAUAAGUAGGCAACAAAUAUAAACA